AUGUCAAGCUCGAUAAUCAAACCAUUCAUCGAAAGAAGGAUUACACUCAUAAAACUCGAACCCUACACCUCCGCCAACACGAAUGACGCCCACUUGAGACGACCCAACCACUCCAUCUCUCGCAAAACCUUCAAGGCUGAAGUCUUCCCUCGAUAUCUGCAUGCAGCUAAAGAAACGUCGACUUUCCUUGACGAUCCUUGGCUCUCAAUGUGCCAUCUCAGUAGUCUAAUCAACGGCUGCACGCGGGCUAGUAUAUGGACCAAGCCUUCGUAUCGAAAUAUUAAUGGAAAAAGGCUUGGGGAGCUCAAUCCGAUGCUCAGACUAUCCAUUGCCCGACAAGGUCACCCCAGUGCUGAAGAGGUCUUUGGCGAACAUAUCACUCAGUUCGCGAGGAUGAACCACUGCGAAGUGUGGAUUCUUCUCGCAGAAAUGCUCGACGAGUUCGAUUCGAAAGAUCUUGUCGAUGACCCCGGGGAGUAG